UCGUCCGCAUCAACAUCACCGUCGUCGUCGUAUAGUCAUCGACAUCGACCGAUCCCAACGCCAUCAUCAUGACCUGUUGCGCUCCGGACGGCGACGACACGUUUCUGAUGCCACUGAAGAAGAGGAAACACCUGCCGUGUCCGGGGGACGGUCAGUCGAUGCGCGAGAAACGGUGCGAAGCGCUCAGGCCCCGUAGGCGUAGCGCAUGUGCGCAAGAAGUUGACGAACCGGAGCCGGCAACCUGUCCGGGAUCGUGCUUCGAGGACUCGGUCGAAUGGCAGUCGACCAAGUGUGCGGCGGCAGGCUUGUUCCGGGCACUGGGCCAGCAUUACGACGAACCGUGGUUCCCGACGGUGGUCAACGAGUGGUCUGCGCUGUACUACCAGUGCAACCACUGGGCCGAUUACUGGUGUGCCCGGGACGAGUGGCUGGCCGGAGACGAGGAGGUCAGGUUGGCCGUGUGGUCUGAAGUGCUCAGGCACCGGGAACAGCACGAGAGGCAGCUGGAUCAGCUGAACCGGAACGUGUUGUGUGAUACCGGCAAGUGCAACCCAAACGCCGACCUGAUGGACGUGCACGACGGAUGUGCUCCCGAGGUAACGGAAUACCAUGGAUGUCCGAACAAGGCCAGCGAUCGGUUUGAUCUGCCACACAAGAAUGUAGAACAGUUCUGUGAGAAGGAUCUGCCAUCCAAUGACGAGAGGGCUCGGGCGGAAGCUGAGGCGGCUGAAAUAGCACUCGCAGACCCUGACGACAACCCCGACUGGGUGCAGAUGCGGCGGAAGAUGCGUGGGUCGUUCGCGGCGCUGAACAUGGCCCAAUGCGAAGUCAGUGCCGAACUACUAGACCACAUCAUGAUCGAGCUGUGCAAAUACUGGGCCAACGCGCCUGUCUGUGACCAAUCCUGUCCCAUCGAUCCUCAACUAGAACGGAACAUCAUGCGGGAGAUUCAAAACUUCCGGUUCAAACUAUUCGGUGUGACCGUCGAGAUCGAACCGGAAUUACAGCAGUCGUGUCCGGAUAGUGAGUGCCAGGAGCCGGAGCCGUGCCGGGAGCCGGAGCCGUGCCGGGAGCCGGAACCUUGCAGGAAGCCGAAAUCUUGCCGGAAGCAGGAACUACGUCAGGAGCCAGAACAAUGUCGGACGCCAGAACCUUGUCGGAAGCCUAAACCACCCCAAGAGCCGGACCAGUGUUGUCUACGGGAGCCGGAACCAAGUUGCCCACGGGAGCCAGAACCAUGUUGCCCACGGGAGCCGGAACCAUGUUGCCCAAGGGAGCCGGAACCAUGUUGUCCACGGGAGCCGGAACCAUGUUGCCCACCACAGCAGGAACCUUUCCAGAAGCCGGAUCCAUGCUGCCCACGGAAACCAGAACUGAUCUGCCCACUAGGGCCGAAAGCAUACUGUUCGCAGGAGCCGGUACCGUGCUGUCCACCACCUCCACCAAAACCUAAGUGUUGCGCUGUCAGAAGGUCUAGCAAAACCACGACGGCUGAAGCUAGAGCUCGGCAUAACUCCACACAAGUUCGAGAUCGUGACGUCACAACCGGAUGGUUAGGAGGUCGACCUCAUCCAUAAACCAUAC